CACAAAAGCGCAUGUGUCAUUCUACGUCAUUCUAACCUAGCUUUUUACGAACGUUUUAGACCCCAAUAUAUCCGAAAAAUGGCAAAAGGGGCCCUUUUUGUGUGUCUUGGUAAUAUUUGUCGUUCUCCAAUUGCAGAGGCCGUUUUUUUGCAUCUUUUGAAAGAAAGAGGCAUUUCGCACGAGUGGAAAGUGGACAGUGCGGGUCUUGGGGGCUGGCACAGCGGUAAUAGGCCCGACUCGAGGGCUAGAGCGGUUUUGGCUAAAUAUAAAAUUGAUUAUAACAAUACAGCUCGACAGAUAGAAACAGAGGACUUUGUAGAGUUUGAUUACAUCUUUGGGAUGGACCAAAAUAAUAUUGAUGGUUUGAAGCGUGAAGCGCCUGCAAAUUCCAAAGCAAAAAUAUUACUGCUGGGGGAUUAUGACCCUCAAGGUGAUAAGAUUAUUAGGGAUCCGUAUUAUGAUUCCGGUUCCGAGGGUUUUGAAAAGUGCUACAAGCAGUGUCUGCGUUCUUGUACAGCAUUCCUUGACAGCUUAGAGAAAGACCAACUGUGAAAUAAGACACUUAUUUAUGCCUUUUUUAACUAAUAAAUAUUUUAUGUUUUCACAA